UUAUGCAAAACGAAUCAAGAUGGCAAAGCCUAAUUUUGUUCUUGGUUUUCUGUUUUAUAUGCUGGUCAUAAUCAUAUGUUUCAUUUCGCAUACUGCUAAUGCCGAUAUAAAGUGCAAAUCUGGUGAGAAAUAUGUAACAUUUGACGUCUUGGCUUGCAUUGGUUGCCAUACUCUGUGCUUAGGCCACUGCCCCGAGGGAAGUUCAGUUACCAAUACGAAUUGUGAUUUAAUCAGAUUUCUCAAGUCACCUAGGUGUGAAUGUUGUUGUACGCCACCGUCGCCACCGCCGUCACCACCCCCACCAUCUCCACCGCCACCACCUCCCUCACCACCGCCACCAUCUCCACCACCGCCCCCACCCCCUCCCCCCUGCACUGAAGUCUGUCCAACUGAGAUCGAGUUCCAACUGUGUCCUGGCAAGCCACCGUGCAAGUAUGUGCCAGCUAGUAAGAUCAUGACUAUGUAGUUGGAGUAAUAUUAUCUAGCCAGUUAAAUGCUAUGUCAUCAAUCUGGUCUUACUUAUAUUUUGUUGUAUUUGCAUUGUGUGUGUCCUGAUGUUUCUGUAUGAAUAAGAAAGACUGUAACGCGUUUACAUUGCUAAGACAAGCAAACAAAAACUUACUCAGCA